AUGUCCCACGUCUGCUACGUCGUUCCCCCCUACCUCCUCCGUGGCAUAGCCGACGCCCAGUGCAACGAGGAUCAUGUCAGAGACGCUGCUCGCCGUGCUCUCGAGCUCCGCGACCAGUGGACCGCCCGCCGUGCCGAGCGUAUGGCGCUUCUUUGCACUCCCCGCGGCGCUCGCCACGCCCACGUCCCCAUGGUCCCCCAGAGCAUCGUCCCAGACUUUCUUCUGAAGCACAUCGCCGACAACGAGGAUGUCGACAAAGAGACGCGCGCCCACGCCCGCCGUGAUCUCGAGCACAUCCAAGGUGUCCAGCGUCAGUACCAGACCCAGCAGCAGCAGGGCGACCAAAAGGGCCUCUCCCAGGAUCAGGAUCCAGCGUCGUCCGCGUCCGUCUCCGCCCUCGCCGCCACCGUCCCCGGAAAAGAGGACCCGAAGACUCCAAAGACGGAGAAGUUCUACAGAGCCAUCUACGACGCCAAGAACACUGAUAACGAGCAAGAACUUCCUGGCAGCGUCGUCCGUGUCGAGGGACAAAAAGAGACGAAGGACAAGGCCGUCAACGACGCCUACGACAACGUGGGCGAAGUCCUCAAGAUGUACAAGGAGAAAUUCGACUGGGUUUCCAUUGACAACAAGAACAUGAACGUCAUCAGCUCCGUCCACUUUGGCAAGAAGUACGAGAACGCCUUCUGGGACCCCGAGCGCCUGCAGAUGGUUUUUGGCGACGGCGGAGAAUUUCUGAAUAACUUCACCGGCACUAUCGAUGUCAUCGGGCACGAAUUGACCCACGCCGUGACCGAGCACACCAGCCCCCUGGACUACCAGGGCAUGAGCGGCGCUCUAAAUGAGCACGUCUCCGACGUAUUCGGCAUCAUGGUGAAGCAGAUCGUCGAGAAGGAGACCGCCGAGGAUGCCGACUGGCUGAUCGGCGAAGGCUGCAUCAUGCCUGGCGUCAAGGGGGUUGCUCUUCGGAGCAUGAAGGAGCCCGGCACCGCCUACGACGACCCUCGUUUCGGCAAGGACCCCCAACCGAAUAACUUCAAGGACUACGUCCCCACUUUCGAAGACAAUGGCGGCGUCCAUAUAUACUCCGGAAUACCCAACAAGGCUUUUUACCUAGCCGCCAAGGGAUUCGGGGGCUUCUCGUACGAGAAGGCGGGCCCCAUCUGGUGGAAGACCAUGCAGUCAGGUCGCAUCCCGGCCCGUUGCACCUUCAUCCAGUUCGCUGAUGUGACUGUGGAGGUCGCAGAGGAGCUCUAUGGCGAUGAGGCUGGAAAGAUUGUGCGCGGCGCCUGGAAUGAGGUUGGGGUGACCAGAAAGGGCAACUAG